AUGGAGUCUCUCCGUGUUCUUCUCAUUGGCAAUGGAGGUAGGGAACAUGCGCUGGCUUGGAAACUAAGCCAGUCGCCCCGCGUCGAGUCCAUCAUAGCCGUCCCAGGCAACGGCGGCACCGCCUUGAUCCCCAAGGUUGUCAACAACACCAGCGUGUCCGCCGAGGACUUUGACGGUCUCGUCGCCCUUGCGCGCGCCUCCAACGUCAACCUUGCCGUCCCCGGUCCCGAGGCCCCCCUUGUCGAUGGCGUCGAGACGUACUUUCGCCGUGCCGGCAUCGCCUGCUUCGGCCCUUCGCAAGAGGCUGCGCGCAUGGAGGGCAGCAAGACCUUCUCCAAGGACUUUAUGAAGAGACACAACAUCCCCACUGCCGCCUACGAAAACUUUUCCGACUUCACUGCCGCCUCGGAAUAUCUGAACCGCGUAGGCCACAAUGUUGUCAUCAAGGCAACGGGCCUCGCCGCCGGCAAGGGUGUCAUCAUACCAGAGUCGCUUGAGGAGGCGCAAGCUGCGCUGAAGCAAAUCAUGCUGGACAGGGCUUUUGGCGACGCCGGCAACGAGGUUGUCAUUGAGGAGUUCCUGACUGGCGACGAGCUCAGCAUCCUCAGCUUUUGCGAUGGCUACACCAUCAAGUCGCUACCCCCUGCACAGGAUCACAAGCGUAUCUUCGACGGCGAUCUCGGCCCCAACACUGGAGGCAUGGGCUGCUACGCCCCGACAAACAUUGCCACACCAGAACUCAUUGCCCGUAUUGAGCGCGAGGUUUUGCAGCCCACCAUCGACGGCAUGCGCAAGGAGCGCUGCCCCUUCAAGGGUCUUCUUUUCACUGGUCUCAUGAUCACCCCCAACGGCCCCAAAGUACUUGAGUACAACGUUCGCUUCGGUGACCCAGAGACGCAGACCCUCCUGCCUUUGCUGUCAGCUGAUACCGAUCUUGCUGAGGUUAUGGUAGCCUGUGCCGAGGGUUGGUUGGAUCAGGUCACUGUCAAGGUGGAACCCAAGUUCAGCGCCACGGUCGUUGUUGCAGCCGGCGGUUACCCCAACAGCUAUGCCAAGGGCACUCCCAUGACUGUCGGCCAGCCCCCCGCCGGCGUCACCAUCUUUCACGCCGGUACAAAACUGUCAGCAGAGGGUCAGCUCCAGACUUCUGGUGGCCGUGUUAUUGCCGCCAACGCCACUGCCGACACCCUUGAGGCAGCCGUGCAGAAAGCUUACAGCGAUGGAAUCAGCCUCAUCUCCUUUGAUGGCAUGUUUUACCGCAAGGACAUAGCACACCGCGCCUUCAGGCAGAAGGACCAGAAGCCUGCCGCCCAAGAAUCGCUAUCUUAUGCACAGGCCGGUGUUAGCAUCGACGCCGGAAACGAGCUGGUCGAGCGCAUCAAGAAGGCUGUGGCAUCGACCGCCCGUCCGGGAGCCGAUGCCGAGAUUGGAGGUUUUGGUGGCGAGGUGGACCUUUCGCGGGCUGGAUACCCGAAUGCGCCCGUCCUGGUUGGUGCUAUCGACGGCGUCGGCACGAAGCUGAAGAUUGCACAGAUCGCAGAGCGCCACGACACCGUCGGCAUUGACCUCGUGGCCAUGAACGUAAAUGAUCUUGUCGUCCAGGGCGCCGAGCCUGUCAUGUUCCUUGACUACUACGGCUGCAGCGCACUUGACGUUGGAAUGGCCGCAUCCUUCGUGGAAGGUGUUGCCGAGGGCUGCCGACGUGCUGGAUGUGCCCUUGUGGGCGGCGAGACGGCCGAGAUGCCGGGCAUGUACCAGGAUGGCGACUACGAUGUUGCUGGUGCUGCCAUUGGUGUCAUGCAAGCCGCAGCCAGGCUCCCACGCAAGGACGACAUGGCUGAGGGUGACGUUGUGCUCGGUCUUGCUUCGGACGGCGUCCACUCCAACGGCUACUCCCUGGUGCGCCGCAUUGUCGACAAAUCCGGCGUCUCAUACUCUGACGCGUGCCCCUGGGAGCAGGGCUCCUCCAGGACAGUCGCAGAGAGCCUCCUGACGCCCACCCGCAUCUACGUCAAGUCUCUGCUCGCAGCACUGAACGCCUGCCAAGGCGCCGUCAAGGGCCUGGCGCACAUAACCGGUGGCGGACUGACCGAGAACGUUCCUCGCAUGCUCCCCAAGCACCUCACGGCGGAGAUUGACGUCACAUCGUUCACCGUUCCUCCCGUCUUUUCUUGGCUGAGGAAGGCUGGCAACGUGGUGCCGGCCGAGAUGGCGCGCACAUUCAACAACGGCAUCGGCAUGGCUAUCGUCGUAGCUGCGUCCAACGUCGACGACGUUGAAAAGACCCUGCAAGCUCAGGGCGAGACCGUGUUCCGUAUCGGACGUCUUGUGUCCCGGGCUUCUGAGGAGGAGGGCUGCAGGCUGUUGAACUUGGAGGCCUGGACUGCUUGA